UCUCCAGUUUGGAAACCUCUGAAAUACCUGCAGACAGCAAACGAUCAGAGGGAUGAAACACAAUCCAAACACAGAAGAUACAACUCUUCUGGCUACAACAUCUGUCCAAUGUCUCCCAACAAAAGCCAAGAAGGAAAAGAAGAGGGAAGCAGCUGCUUUUAUUCAUGGAGCACAGCUGCCACGGCAGGCGAGGUCAAACGGGCGAACAUCGCAUGUUGGAAUUGGUUCGUCCUCGAAUGUCCAGAAACAAGCGACUUCCAGGAGGGAAAUCAACUCAGCGGCUGCCACAGCUGCUCCUGCUUAUGGAUUCAGAUAAACAUUCCUGAGCUGCUGGAAGGACAGGUCCAGUAAAGCGGGAGAGGGACAACACGUGCUUCAGCACCUACAUGUAGAUGAAUUCAUUUGACCUCGUUUCUGUGGGGACUGUCGUGAAGGCUUUAACUGACCAUCUCCUCCUCAAAAUGAAGUAUUUUAUCUCUCGGCUCUAGAAUCAGGUCAGAGGAACACAAGGACAGUCAAGUAUAAGAGGACAAAUAAAUUAAAGAAAACAUUUUGUGAAAGUAUACAACUAACAAUAUAGACGCAGUUACAUGUAUCACUAUGACUGCAGGGUCUAUGCACCUUUUCACAGCUUGAAGACAAACUGCAUUUUUUUUUCACUUUGGGAAAUCAUUGUUAAUCUCAUCUGCUUUAUCCCCUUAACUUGUUACAAUCAAAGUGUCGGAAAAUAGUAAAUUAGAUUUGCUUAAACCAGUCUGGAGUCCCCGGACCAUAGUUUGGUACAGUUAGCUUACCAAAGGACUGUGUUAAAAAAUAAUAAUUGGGUUAAGACGAUUUAUACCACAGCAGAUACAGAAAACUACAAAUGAAACAAUUCAAUCAUAUAUUGUCAAUCUCUUUAUGUUAAAUAAAUUUAAAAAAUAUGACAUUAUUAAAAUAAUUAGUCAUUAUAUCAUCUAUAGUUUGAGUCAUGCAGAACUGAUGUGAUCGUUUCCAUAGCAACGAUCAGAAGCAAGACCUUGCACCAGAACUCGAGUGAGGUCAUUCGUGACGUCAUAGAUGACCUCAUGAGGUCAUCAUAGAAGGUCUAUGAGACUUUAAAUGCGUGUAACUCAGUUCAUCUUCAGUCAGGAUCUAAACAGUUCUGUGAAACGCAGCUUUGUGUCGGACAACAAUUUUUAGGAUUUCAGAGAUGCCUUACCCCUUAAUUUUUCCAAUCGGUUUUGGACUUGGUUACCUGGUCACAACAGGUAUGAAGAAACUGUUUGACCAUUACCUUCCUGGAACGGACUUGGACCAGAGUGCCUCUCAGGAUGAGAGCACUUCCUUUGGGAACAAACUUUCAACGGUUCCCCAAGCCAGCCAGAAAGUUGACUGUGAAGCCUCUGCUUUGGAUUGGACUAAGACAUCGUCUCUCGUCGCUACUCAGGAUGUGAGUUCAGUCUCUGGGAACAAUUUGCCCGUUGUUCCCAAAGAAAAAACUGACCCGGCUGGGAAAGUUUGUUCUGUCAAGAAGAAAGUUGACUGUGAAGCCUCUGCUUUGGAUUGGACUAAGACAUCGUCUCUCGUCGCUACUCAGGAUGUGAGUUCAGUCUUUGGGAACAAUUUGCCCGUUGUUCCCAAAGAAAAAACUGACCCGGCUGGGAAAGUUUUUUCUGGGACUGAAUUCACAGAGAAACCUUUGAUUUCGUCGAUUUCAUCUCUGGCUUUGUCAGAGAUGAAAUCGCUAGAUGGCAGAUUUUCCAGCGCCUCUGACUUGAAAAGUUCCUCGGACGAGGAAUUUAUUUCAGAGGGACGAAGAGUUUACAAUGAAAACAGAGUCCUUGAUCUGUCUAUGAACUCAUUGUUAAAGCGUAGGGUUUCUGUUGAUUCUGAAUUGAGCUGCACUCCGGACGGGGAAGCUGGUUUGACGGACAGGAACAGCACUGAAACCCCAGCUAAUGAUGGUUCUUUCACGUUUCCCAAAGACAAAACUACCCCAGAUGGGGUAGUUGUCUCUCAGGAUGAGAGGAAAGUCUUCGGAAACCAUUACUGCACCGUUCCUCAGGAUCAAACUGACCCGGAUGGGAAAGUUAUACAUGAGGAACAAAGCAGAAUAAGACGGACAGAGGGCGACAUCUGUAGAUUUGCAAACCGAUUUAACAACAGCUGGAUGAGUGCCUGUUUUCAGAGCGUUCUCAACCUGAGCGUCACCAGACGGUGUCUGGCUCAGAGACACCCGUUUAAAGAGGCUUCUUCUACCCCGUACUCUGCCAGUCUGAUCCACACUGCCAUCCACCAACCAGGGAAAUACUUUUCCCCAGCAGAAAUCUCCCCAGUUUUGAUGGAACUGAAGGAGAGAGAACCGUCACCGGAGUUAGGAAAACAAUUUGAAAUCUCGUGUUUACUGGAAUCGAUACUAGUCUGGCUCGACUCGUACGGUGGCAGCACAGAUCGGGAAAUGUACUGUGAAAACACCUGCACCGGAUGUGGGACAUCGUUCUCAGAGCUGCUGAAUAACGGCCCCCUCGUUGUGCUUCCGUCCUCGACAUCACUCAACGACACCGCUUCACUUUUUAAUAACUGGAUAAAUUUGUGGGGCCAGCCUCACUGUUCAACCUGCAGGUCAGGCUUAAAUCGGAAAAAUGUCCUCAGCAACAACAAUGUGAUCGUCCUGUUUCUGCCACGGUGGUCCAAAAGAAGAUACCCAGUGAUUCCCAAUCCAAUCAUCGAGGUUCCAGGAAAAAGUGGAACCGAGUUGUACAGUCUGUCGUCCGUCAUUUGUGGUGAUGCUGAGUCAGCUCACUUCUACAGCUAUUUGAUUCGGGGACAACAGACAGUAAAGGUGGUGGAUGAAGAUGUCCUCACUGCUGGUACACCCUGCAGAGAGGACAUGUAUGAAAGGGGAUUUCUUUAUGUUUACGAGAAGCAAACGAAUGCAGAGGAACCCGACACUGACCACCUAAACACACCCAGUCUGACGGAUUCUCCUGCCCCUCCUCUCCAAAAUCAUGAAGACUGUUCUGGAGAGGAGCCAGAACUGCUAAAUUUGAAAGAAGAGAAUAGCGCAGAAGACAAAACAAGCGGCCAUUUUGAGGGAGAAGAAAUGAGAGUGAGUCAGAUAGAAGAUUGGGGUCCAGAAAUAUACAGCAGAAUAGAUGAAGAAACUUUCUGGGAGGAUUUAAUGCCAAUGUUUUUGUUUUUGUUUAGUUUGUGCUGUGUGAUAUUUCCUGGUCUUGUUUUUUACUGGGCUGGUUAUUCCACAAUGUUCUGUCUUACCAUUGCUUUUUUCGGUUUACGUGUUUCUAUAUUGGGAUUUUAAAUGGAAGCAUUGGCAACUUUUGUACCACUGGUAAAUAGAUUUUACCAGUGGUAGUUUGAAGUUUCUCUCCAGGCGCUGCGGCUUCCUGCCAUAGUCCUAAAAGAUGACUGUCAGGUUAAUUGGUCAAAAUAAAUUCUCUUUAGGUGCGAAUAAAAAAAAAAAUUUGUAAUU